GAGUUUGCGGGAAAGGAGAGAGAGGGGGGUCUGGUGUUGAGAGGGUUGUUUUCCUUCCGUGCAGAUUUAGUGGUGGUUUUUCUGGUACAGACUAUUUCUCAUAUUUUCCCCCAAAAUGCCUAAAAGGUCCUGCCCUUUCACCGACUCGUUUUCAACGCAGUAUAAAGUCCAUGUCGGACAAAAGGAGCUGCUUCAUGGAGUUUUCGGGAACAAGUACAGACAGGAAGUUUACGAAAAGACCAAGAACCUGCUUUUUAAUGGCACCCGAGCGGUCAUGGGGAGAAUCUGGAACGUGGAUGCAGAGGGGAGGUGUUCUGAGGUGGACAUGUCAGUGUCCAAUCAGGGUGUUGUGGCUCCUGCAAAUAAUCAGCUGCUACUCCGGGGACAGACUCUGAUUGGGUUUGAUGGGAAACUGAAGAAAGCCAAUGCAGUGUCAGGCAAUGUGACCACGCCAAAUGUGUGCGCCGUGUGUCAGAGGUCAUCAGGAAUAAGGACAUCAUGCUCUCAGUGUGAUCGUCCUGCGUGUCCCGCCUGCAUGCAGCAGUGCAACAGCUGUUCCAGCCUCUGCUGCUCCGUCUGCACCAUCACAGAUUACACAGACCGCUAUGACAAAGUCCUCUGCUGUAGCUGCUCUUCAUGAGGCGGACACAAAGGUGGACCAGACCGAUUGCUGAAUGAAAGGAAAUGUAUUUUUCUUGUAAUAAACUUUAAUGCAUUCCACACUGUAAAUGAAUUUUAUAUAGCUUUUACAUCUAUAUAAUUUCUGUGUACAUAUGUUUUUAAUCAUUAAAUAAAUACUUGGACAAUU